AUGGACAAGUUUGUCAGAAAGCUGUUGGCUGAUUUGAAAAUUCACAUGAAGCCAGCCUGUAAAGAAAGACUGUAUCUGCCAAGAGAUACACUUGGAAGGGGACUUGUAUCAGUUGCCUUUAAGGCGGAAAAAAUGCUGUUGGACUUCAAAACCAAUUUGGAAAGGCGAAAGUUAAUCUCCUUGAGAAAAGCAGCAAUUUUGUGGGCCGAACAGAAAAGGAAAACCCAUAUGGCCACAAUCACAGAAUUCCUGCAUUGUAAAUAUGGAACAACCACACUCGAUGAGAUUGCUAAAUCACUACGUGACUUGCAGAUAGAGUCACUGUUGCUUAGUAUUAAAAAGAAAAGGUUGCAUUCGAAGCUAUUUGAGUCGCUUGAGAAUAAUACUUUUGAUAUCCCAACAUCUUCAACAUGGCUAAAGAAAGGGAAUAUAUCUCCUAAAUCUGAGGCAAUGUUCUCUUUUCUUCAAGACAGAAACGUCUUUUUCAGAAACUCUGAUGAAAAAUGCCCACAUUGUAAAUCCUCGCCUAAAACCGUGGACCAUCUUGCGACGCGAUGCAGUAGAAUGCUAAAUUCAGAUUAUACCAGAAGGCAUAACGAGAUUGUGAGGUGUGUUCACAUGCACUUGUGUCGGAGAUUUGGAAUGAAGAAGUCCAAGAGACUGAAAAACCACUCCGUGCAGUGUAUAAUGUCGAAUAGCUCUGCGGAAAUUCGGGUCGAUACUACAAUUCCAACUGAACUAAAAAUACAAUAUAACAAGCCUGAUAUAUUCCUGUAUGACAAGAAGGAAAAUUUGAUAUGGAUCAUUGAAGUGGGUGUUACCUCGAUAGAUAAUUUGAAAUCGGUGGAAGUGGAAAAAAUGCAUAAAUACGACAUUCUAGCCAGUGAAUUACAAUUAAUUCACAAGGCUAAGGUAAAGAUUGUACCGAUUGUCCUCACGUGGGAUGGGAUAGUCUCUACAUUCUUCAGAAAAUAUAUGGACCUUCUUAAAAUCAAAGAAAGUGUGCAAGCAUACAUCCAGACUGUUAGUUUGAAAAAACAAUGGAAAGCAUGA